CGGUCGCGGCUGCACGACCCAGCGGAGGCGAGCGGCAUGGCGGGCGGGACACGGGAGGUGCUCACGCUGCAGUUAGGCCACUUCGCGGGUUUCGUGGGAGCGCACUGGUGGAACCAGCAGGAUGCUGCGCUGUGCGCCCCGACCGAUGCCAGGGAGCCGCCGGGGGAGCUGUGUCCCGACGUCCUGUACCGGGCCGGCCGGACGGCGCACGGCCAGGAGACCUACACGCCCAGGCUCAUCCUCAUGGAUCUGAAGGGUAGUCUGAGCUCCCUAAAACAAGAAGGUGGCCUCUACGGAGACAGACAGCUAGAUGCAGCGAUAGCAUGGCAGGGAAAGCUCACCACGCACAAGGAGGAACUCUAUCCCCAAAAUCCGUAUCUCCGGGACCUUCUGAGUGCAGAGGGAGUGCUGAGUAGUGAUGGUAUCUGGAGGGUCAAACCCAUCCCCAAUGGCAAAGGUCCCCCACCACUCCCUGCUGCUAUAGCCCCCAGACCACUUAUCCCCACAGAGAGCAGUAUCAGAGUCUGGUCAGAUUUCCUGCGCGUCCAUCUCCAUCCCCGGAGCAUCUGUAUGAUUCAGAAGUACAACCAUGAUGGGGAAGCAGGCCGCCUAGAGGCUUUUGGCCAAGGCGAGAGUGUCCUGAAGGAGCCCAGGUACCUGGAAGAGCUGGAGGAUAGACUGCAUUUCUACAUGGAGGAAUGUGACUACCUGCAGGGUUUCCAGAUCCUGUGUGACCUGCACAAUGGCUUCUCUGGGGUAGGCGCGAAGGCCACAGAGUUGCUACAGGACGAGUAUUCAGGGCGGGGAAUAAUAACCUGGGGCCUGCUCCCUGGUCCCUAUAGUCUUGGGGAGCCCCAGAAAAACAUCUAUCGUCUGCUGAACACAGCUUUUGGCCUGGUGCACAUGUCUGCUCACAGCUCUCUGGUCUGCCCCUUGUCCUUGGGCGGGAGCCUGGGACUGCGACGUGAGCCUCCAGUCACCUUCCCUCACCUACAUUAUGACGCCACUCUGCCCUUCCACUGUGCUGCCAUCCUGGCGACAGCCCUGGACACAGUCACUGUUCCUUACCGCCUACGUUCCUCACCGGUUUCCAUGGUUCAUCUGGCUGAUAUGCUGAACUCCUCUGGGAAAAAGGUGGUGACGGCAGCAGCAACCAUCCCUUUCCCCUUGGUCCCAGGCCAGUCCCUUCCUGAUGCCCUGGUGCAGCUUGGAGGAGCCACAGCGUGGACCCCACUGUCUGCAUGUGGGGAUCCUUCUGGAACAUGCUUUGCCCAGUCAGUGGUGCUGAGGGGCCUAGACAAAGCAUGCCACACCAGCCGGCUCGCCCCAGGGACACGUCUGCCUUCACCGCUCCAUGCGUGCGACACUGGGGAAGACGUCUUGGCCCAGUAUCUGCAGCAGCAGCAGCCUGGAGUCAGGAGCUCCACCCACCUGCUGCUGGCGCCCUGCAAGGUGGUUCCUCCGUACCCCUGCCUCUUCUCCCCAAGCCUCAGCCGGCACGGUUUGCUUCUGGAUGGCCCGCCAUUGGGGGCAGGUACGUGGGUGGCGAAGGGACGUGAGAGCUCGCACUGUAUGUGUGACCAGAGGGAGGCACGGAAGUCCACAGCCGUGGAGAGCAUCCCAGUGCUUGGGGCCCUCUGCUCCUCUUCCACCUCGGGCCGGGCCCUGGGAGACUUGGCUAGAGAGCUCGGCAAACUGGACGUGCGGCGUUGGGCCAGCUUCAUGGACGCCGGAGUGGAGCAGGGGGACGUGGAGGAGGCGCUGCAGGAGCUGGGCAGUCUGGCCCAGUGCUACCAGGGUGGCGAUGGCCUCGCGGACUAAGGUGUUGCAAGCAAAGGGAUGCGCUGCUUUACAAUAAACACCGUGGG